AUGAGCCCUCUGAGACUUCAGAACUUGGAGGGGGGGAAAGAGAGCUUCGGAGUCUGCGGUGACGUGGUGUGCGGGGAGCCCAGGACCACAGAGGGGCACGACCCGGGCGGAAGCGGGGGACCCGGAGUUGUGGGCGUUCUCCAAGCGGAGGUGCGGCCGUCCUGGCAGAGGGACGAGGUGGGAGCCCAGCCGCGCGCCCCGGGCGUGGGCUCUGCCGCCGGCGCCGCAGCGUCGUGGGGGUCCCCGCCGGCCUGUCCCGGAGCACUAGCGGCGCCCGAGCCUCGAGACCCGCCGGUGCUUUACGACGAGGCAGCGUGUCCGGAAUCGCUGGCAGUGGAGCUGAGCCCCUCGUCUCCGCUCUUUCCUGGCGACGUGCUGGCCCUGCUGGAGACCUGGAUGCCCCUUUCGCCCCUGGAGUGGCCGCCGGCCUGAAUAGUUGUAGUGACGACGUACAACUGGCGCCCUGUCUGUGAGCAUCGAGGCCUUUUUGGCCUCGGCACCUUCAAAACGGCCCCUCUCCAGACUCCUUUCCUGGGAGGGGGCCCCUGUGAUACUGGCAUACGCAUUCCUGAGAGUGAGAGCCUGUCCCCACCCA